AUGCCGAUCUUUGAGAAAAUCAGGCGGAUAUUCAAUUCAAACAUAAACGACCUGCUAGAUCGGGUUGAAGAUCCGGAAAAGAUCUUGAAUCAACUCUUGGAGGAUAUGCAGCACGAACUCAAAGAGGUAAAGAUUCAAGUCGCUGCGGCUAUCCGGGACGGAAACAAAUUUGAAGCGCAGUAUAAGGAGAACUUAGAGGGCGCUGAGAAGUGGGAAAAGCGUGCCAUCGUGUUUAUCCAGAACGGCGAUGAUGCCCGCGCAAAAGAAGCCCUUCGCCGCAAGCGGUCUGCCGACGACUUGGCAGCGGGUUUUUGUGAGCAAUUUGAGGCGCAGCAAGGGAGCGUUUCCGUACUUAAAGAUGGGUUGGCAACCUUAGAACAAAAAAUUGAAGAGGCAAAGAGCAAACGUGCGUUGCUGAUUGCUCGCCAAAGGCGGGCAGAGGCGGAACGGGCAAUCCAUCAGACCGUGUCGGGUCUUUCGGAUUCGAGUGCGUUGAACGCUUUUGAUCGCAUUCAAGAUCGAGUCCUUGAUGCGGAAGCAGAGGCUGAAGCACUUAGCGAAAUGCGUCAACCCAGUUUGGAGGAUGAGUUUGACAAGCUCGACAAGAAAGACGAAAUUGAUGAUGAACUCGCCAAACUCAAAGCCCGCUUAAAGGAGUGA